AUGCCUCAAAUGCGCUUGAGUGCCGAAAAGAGGAUGAGAAAACAUCUCCUCGAGCAACUUAAGGCCCGGAAGAUCCUCGGUGCCAGAGUUGCCCAAGGGUACAAGACCAAAGAGGACUUGCAGAGGUUGAAUAUGGCUCCACAAGUGAUCAUGUUCAAGAACCUUUUCUCUGGCCAAGUUUUAUACUCACAAGUGCCAGCGUAUCAUCAGGACCAGAUCGAUGCGCUGUUUCCACGUCCUAAUUGGGAAAACAGAAGACCCGCCAGAAGAAACGAUCUCUGGAGAGUCAUGUGCGUAGUGAAUUUUGCCAACUACGACUACGCGAUUGCUGCUUAUGACGGCUUGAUGAAGUUGAGGCAAGUAAGAGAUAUUCACAAGGCUAAGGAGGCCAAGUCGAUGAGGAGGAAAAACGACGAAGGAAACACUUGGUACUAUGGUCAGUAUAGGCCCUCGCAUUCACAAGAAGCCAUCGCCGACUUGGCACAUGUGAUUGACGAGUUUGAAUUGGAAAACACAAAGAUUUUUUGGGAAAACACUUGGAGAAAAGGCGACGACAGCCACUGGAGACUAGACCUCAUUGAGCACGACUCGUUACCUCCUUUCACAGGCAAGUUUCAGAGCGUUGUGCUCGAUGAGAUGAGAUUGAGAGGGCUUGAUUUCGUGAAGGAGAUCAGAGAGGCCACCGAGGAGUCCAGCGGUGUGGAGGAAGCCUCCUCUGAAGUGAACGAAGAGGCUGUAGCAUAG